AUGGGCUGCUGGAAGCAAGAGAAAAGCGGCAAUUGGAUUUUUCCCACUCUGAUCCUCUGUGUCUAUGGAUUCUUCUAUAUGAUGAAGCCAUCGGAACCUUUUCUAACCCCUUAUCUAACAGGGCCAGACAAAAACCUGACUAUAUAUGAGGUAACAAACCAGAUUCUCCCAGUUUGGACAUACUCCUACCUCGUGCUCCUUUUCCCAGUCUUCUUGAUCACCGACUACGCACGCUACAAGCCCAUCAUCAUGCUGCAGGGCGUCAGCUUCAUCAUCACGUGGCUCUUGCUCCUCUUCGCGCACGGUGUGGUGGCCAUGCAGGUGGUGGAGUUCUUCUACGGCAUGGUGACAGCCACCGAGGUUGCCUAUUACGCCUACAUCUACAGCGUCGUCAGCACCGAGCACUACCAGAAAGCGACCAGCUACUGCCGCAGCAUCACCCUUGUGGCGGCCACCGUUGCUGCAGUGCUGGGCCAGCUUCUGGUUUCCUUGGCCCACGUCUCCUACUUCUGCCUCAAUGCCAUUACUUUGGCUUCUCUGUCCUUAGCGUUUGUCUGCUCGUUUUUCCUCCCAAUGCCCCAAAAAAGUAUGUUCUUCCACAGGAAGGAUGGGGCAGACAGUCUCCAGAAACCAGAUAAAGUUCUGGCUACAGUCAGCCCCAGCGAGCCUCACGGCUGCCGGGAGGACAGAGACCCUGUAUCGGUGGACCCGAGACCAGCACCCGAGCAGCCGGCUGACCAACCCCCGCCCCAGAAUCACGCACUCAGGGUGCUGCUGCAGCUGAGCAAGGACUUAAGGGAGUGCUAUAGCUCCCGGAAACUUCUCUACUGGUCCCUGUGGUGGGCUCUGGCCACAGCAGGCUUUAACCAGGUUGUGAACUACAUCCAAGUGCUGUGGGACUUCCGAGCCCCCUCUCACAGCUCUGCAGUGUAUAACGGAGCCGUCGAAGCAAUAGCAACUUUUCUGAGUGCAGUAACCUCUUUAGCAGUAGGAUAUGUGAAAAUGAACUGGGACCUUUUUGGAGAACUGGCUUUGGGGAUCUUCUCCACAAUGGCUGCUGGUUGUCUAUAUCUCAUGCACUUUACCAUCAACAUUUGGGCAUGUUAUGCUGGCUACCUCAUUUUCAAGGCAUGCUAUAUGCUCCUUAUAACAAUAGCAACGUUCCAGAUCGCUGUCAAUCUGAGCAUGGAGCGCUAUGCGCUGAUGUUUGGGGUCAACAACUUCUUUGCACUGGUGAUUCAGACCGUUCUUACAGUAGUUGUAGUAGAUUCAAAGGGCCUAGGACUGGACAUAGUGACUCAGUUUUUAAUUUACAGCAGCUACUUCACAGUCAUAGCUGGGAUUUUCUUGCUGAGAAGCAUGUGUGUGCUUGUCUCAAUCAAAUGCAAAAGGAAAAUACUGAGAUUUUGCAAAGAGCCUCCAAGUCUUGCUGAACAUGAAUCAAAACAGACUACAGCGGUCCACACAACGCGUCUGUGA